UUGUUGCAACGUUUUGGCUCAGCGAAAACAUCCGCCAGCAGCAAAGUGAUUGGAUUGUGCAAAAAUACUUUCGGGUCGUGUUGCUGAUCGUCUCGUCGCCUGAUAGUCGAGAAACUAUUAUUAACCGUACGCGUGCUGUGAUAUUCAUUCGUAGGGUCAGCAGAUAAUCUUGACCAGCGGAAGGACCGAUCGGAAAUCAUGCCUCGAGGAAAGUACGUUAAUCACAAAGGUCGCAACCGUAACUUUACGAACCCCGAAGAGCUAGAGGCACAGCGCAAAAAGGACGAAGAGGAGAAAAAGUGGCGAAAGACGCGUGAGGGCGAAUCGAGCGAAGAUGACGAAGACGACGAGGACAACGAAGCGGGGAGCGAGGACUCCGAUGAGGAUGAGUCCGGCGACGAGAAGGCGAAAGGGGCCGAAGGUGUGAUACCGAUCGAGAACCCGAACCGUGUGGCGAAGAAGACACACAAAAAGGUGACCGAGCUGGAAGAGGACGACGGUCCGCAGUUGACGCGCCGCGAGAAGGAGCAGAUCGAGAAACAGCGGGCCCACGCCGCCUAUCAGAAGCGGCACGCGGAAGGCAAAACGGCUCAGGCGAAGGCGGACCUGGCACGGUUGGCCAUCAUCAAGCAGCACCGCGCGGAAGCGGCUGCUCGGCGUGAGGCAGAGAAGAAAGAAAAGGAAACCAAAACGAAAGGUACAAAUUCUUAGAACUCGAACCGAUGCGGAUAGCGGGGAUAAAGGAAUUCCGUUUUGUUUAAACCGACGACCGCCACCAACAUUUACUGCCAUUUGGAUUUGUGUUCCAAACUCGCAGUACAGCGCAGGUGGGGUUUUCCCUUCCACUCGGUUCUAGUAAACAUCUCAACAGCUGAUAGGCAAACGGGUGAAUGCAGGAGUGGUAGCGCCAACCAUUUCACCGACUUGUAAUGAUAAACGCAGUAAAAUAACCGAUUAAAUGAUAAAUAUAUUACUAAUUGGCCCUUGAAGUCUUUAA